UGGUUGUGACAACCUGUCAUGUCAUCGUGAGUGCUGUCGCUCCUGCUGCUCUUGCUCUCCAGAGCCAGCAGUGAUCUCAGCUCUGAGAGUUUCCUCUCCCAAUGGACCCCAAAAGUGCCUGCUGUUUGGACUCUGCAUGGAGCAAAGACUCUUAAUUCCCAUCAUCUGGGCUCAGAAGAGACUUUUGCGAUGUAUUUGGAGAACUCUGAACAGGGGAAAGUUGGUGGAGAGGGGGAGCUUUCCGCUGGAGCGAUUCUGUCUGGACAGUGUGCGGUUUCUAAAGUAACAGGAGUUGCAGGUUUGAGCAGCUCUUCAAAGGGAAGUGAACUGGACAUAAAGGCCCUUGUGGGAUACACAGAGCAGAGUGUCAGCGGAGGAAUGGACCCUCCUCCUCUUUGCAACAUGAAUGCACCGCAGACUCAACUCUGCAACGAUUGUGAAGGACUGACUGAGAGCUUUGAGGAAUAUUCUUCAAGCAAUGGACUUUUUGAACCGGACGGCGCCCUUGAAGACACUGAGUGUUCAGGGUUAAGCCGACUAUAUCAUGAAUGUACUCAACACUGUGAGUGUUUUAAAGCUUGCAAGUCCUCCGAGCAUUGUGCUAAUCAUAGCUUAGCCUCUAAAAGUAGCCUUUGCUGUGAACACUGCCCAAAACACCUCCUACUAUUUCAGCAAUGUAAGCCCUCUGAUCAACAGUCGGACUCUUCUGAUUAUGAGCCAGAUGAAUUGGAAGUGAACUCUGACAGUUUUGGAGAGUUCGAAAUGCCUGGUUUUGUGUCUGAGUGCACAGAAAACCUGAUGCUGCCUCUGGAUCGUCAGUGUGAGGACUCUGACUCGGAGCAGGACCGAUCAACUGAGGAUUCGGAGCAGAAUUUCACCCAAAACAUCUCGGACUCCAUGGACUCUUUAACAUGUGCUGCUAACUUCUCUGAAUAUGAUGAAAGUCAGGACAAUUACUGUGAUGAAGAGGAGGAGAGCUACGAUCAUAACGAGAUGGUCAGUGGUGAAGAGUCCUCCACGUUGUCAGAGGACACACCUGGUGACCCCUGUGAAAGUGACGGAGGAGAAGAAAACAUUGAGCAAACCUCUACAGGCGACGCCUCUGAGGAUGUUGACGAGGUGCAUAGGGACGAUUCGGAGGACGAGUCAAGUCAACAUGGCAACUUUGAGUCCUGCGCCGAGGAAGACCUAUCUUCCGACGACUCCAAAUCCUUCAAGACUUGUCUUGACAACAGUUUUCCUUCUGAUCCCUGCUCAGAUUCAUCUGAGGAAUCUGACAAAGCAGCUCUGGAUGAUACAAGUGACGAGCCGACGCAGUGGGAAUCCUUCGAAGAGAAUGAUGCAGAAAAACAGCCGAGCGUCGAGAAGAGUAGCGAGGAGGAGGACAAAAAGAAAACUUCUGCUGUCAACACAGUUAUUGAGGACUACUUUGAUUUAUUUGACAGAGCAGGCUGCUCUGGACAGGCAUUUGCUCAAAAGCGGAAUUACAUCUCCUGUUUUGAUGGAGGCGACGUUCACCACCACCUCCAUCUUGAACAGGAAGCUCUGAAACAAAGCGUCACAACGGCUCACAAAGAGGAGACUAAAGAGGUAAUUGAAGAACAGGAGAAAGAUGUGCAUACUGGAGAAGUAACUGAAACAAACAGCCAAGAAAAGGAUGAACAUUGUGAAGAUUCAGAGGAAGAAGACCUGAAUCAGAGAGACACUGGAUCUUAUGAUUCGGAGAACUGGACCCUAAAAUCAGAAUCGAGUUCAACAAAAGGUGAAGCUGAAGAUAAUGAACCGUUUGGUCUUUACCCAGAGUACUACCAGGACUCUGAAGAUGAAAUGUAUUAUAAUGAUGAAGCCUGGGGAUACGAUGGGCAAAUUUCUGAUGAUUACGACGAAGAACCCGAGUCCUACCUGGACUCAUUCAGAGCGGAGAGCACGUUUGCACCGUGUGCCCAAGAAAUCUUUGUGGAGGGAGAUGUUUGUGAAGACAUAGACUCUGUUGGUGAGGACAUUGAUUUGGUAGGCGAAGUUAAGUCCAAAGCCCUCACUGAGACGACAUUAGAUCUCAAAGACAAUAAGAAUUCGGAUGCUGAACUGGAUGGCUUCUCUGCGUUUUCAGAGAUGGAGCCUUAUUGGGGACUCACAGAAGAGCAAACCAGAGAGUGUUUUCCUUCAGGUGUUGAGGAUUACUAUGCAUAUCAGAUUAGAAGCAUUCAGUCUUCAGAUGCACGACCUUUGAGCAGAUUUAUUCUGGACAACAGGUCUUCUGAUGGAAAAGCUGUUGGUGAUCAAGGACCAGAGGAUGUCGAGGAGUCAUCAGCUCUAUUAGGAAUUAAUGUCCUCGAAUUAAUCCGUAAAGAGCAAAGUCUAGAACCUGAAAAUGAGCUGCAGGGAAUCUCAGACCUUUCACCUCCUCUGGGUUUCAUUCACAGCGUUGCCUCACAACACGAGGCCACACCAAGCCAGGAUUCAGAGGAGGAGCAGAGUGACGAUGAAUCCGUAGAGAACUGUGAAUGUGAAUACUGCAUCCCGCCGACACAGCAGGUUCCAGUAAAACCAUUGCUCUCCCAGUCGGCAUCAGACGAUCCAGCAAAGAUCUGCGUCGUCAUCGAUUUGGAUGAAACUCUAGUGCAUAGUUCAUUUAAGCCUUUGAACAAUGCAGACUUUAUCAUUCCAGUGGAAAUCGAAGGAAUUGUUCAUCAGGUUCAUGUACUGAAGAGGCCGCAUGUUGAUGAGUUCCUCCAGAGGAUGGGAGAAAUGUUUGAGUGUGUUUUAUUCACCGCAAGUUUAUCCAAGUAUGCAGAUCCUGUGUCUGACCUGUUGGAUAAAGGCGGAGCCUUCCAGAGUCGCCUCUUUCGGGAGGCGUGCGUAUACCACAAAGGGAACUACGUAAAAGACCUGAGCCGCUUAGGAAGAGACCUGAACAGAGUGAUCAUCGUAGACAACUCCCCCGCUUCCUACAUCUUCCAUCCGGACAACGCGGUUCCCGUCGUGUCCUGGUUUGACGACAUGUCAGACACUGAGCUUCUCGACCUCAUCCCCUUCUUUGAGAGACUCAGCAAAGUGGACGACAUCUACGACAUUCUGAGGAAGCAGAAGACUUCGAGUUAACAGAAGUUCGGGUACAGAGAGUCACCAGCGACUGUCGAUUCGGGGCCAUGGAGGCUGGCGAGCCGCAGGCUCCAUCGUGCUUCCCACUACAAGGACCACACUUUAAAAAAAAACUACUCGCAUUUAAUCUCAUAAUCUCACAGCGUGUUGAAUAAAUCCACCAGUUAUCAUCGGAAUGCUUCUUGGACUUACCAUAGCCUCUGUAGAUAACUGGAGAGCAGUGUGUGUGUGUAGGUGUGUGUGUGUAGGU